GCCAAAAGAAGAGCGAGAGCAGCCGGAGAAUGAGGUUCACAGUGACGAGAAGCUGCGGCGGCGCGCGCGCCAGCGUGCUCUACGCUGGCAACUGGCCGAGCCCGCUGGAGACCCCUGCGCUGCUUCUCUUGACUCGCAAGGGUCUUCCUACGUUCAUCUCUCGCGAUCUCCUUGCUUCUCUUCCCCUCCCUGAUUCUCUCCUCCUCCACUCCAGCCCUCUCCAUUUUUAUGAUUGCCCACCGCCACUUAGUAUUUUGAAUGUUGGAGGGUUGCAUCAGAUGCUGGGAUUGCAUGAUCAUGUCUUUGUAGCAUCACCUAGGGAUUGUGUUGAGUGCCUUCCGGAGAGUGAUAGUGCCAACAAGCUUGGAGCUUCUUUCGAGACUCCCACGGGUCGUCGACAUAUUAGCCCUGCAAAGUACAUGGAACUGAUAUCUUCCCAGAAGCCCAAUCUUUGGGCUAGUCUUGCUGAUGAAGUGCCGGCUUGGGUUCCUGAGAAGAGAAAUAAGACUUCUGUGGAUCGAACACUUCGUUGGCUUGAUGAUUGUCUUGCUCUUGACCCGGCCAGUGGAUCUUCUAUGUUAGGAUCUAUUGUAGGGGGUACCAGCAAGCAGGAACGGGAACGUUGCGCUACUGAAGUGUCUAAGAGAAAUGUUGCAGGUUUCUGGAUUGGAGGUUUUGGACUUGGAGAAAAUAUGGAAGAGCGUCCAUCUUUGCUUAAUGCAGUUAUUGAUAGCUUGCCAGAGCAAAAAUUGCGGAUGAUAUCUGGAUUUGGCCUCCCAGAGGAGGUCUUGCAGGGUGUUGCGGCUGGUAUUGAUCUCUUUGACUCCACGUAUGUUUACCAUCUUACUGCUGGUGGAUUUGCUCUUGUAUUUCCACUUGACAACAUGGAAAAAGGUGCCUUCGAUUCACAGCUUAGUGAUAUAGGCAGCGAUGGUACAAAGAUUAAUCUACGAGCAACAAUUUACAGGAAAGACACCUCUGCGAUUGUCAGCAAUUGUCAAUGUUUUACAUGCCAGAAUCACACUCGUGCUUACAUCAAUCAUCUGCUCAAUGUUCAUGAAAUGCUCGCCCAAAUCCUGCUCGAAAUACACAACACACACCAUUACCUAGAGUUUUUCCGCUCUAUAAGGGAAGCAAUCAAGUGUAAUAGCUUUGAUGUGUUCCACCGGAGAUUCAUUAAGGGCAGGCGUGCCCAUCUAACUUCAGCCAUUGCUGCUUCAGAACACGAAGUCGUUCCAGCAUAAAUAAACCAUGACAAACACCUUAUAAACUGAAUUAUAGUUUCACGGCCUGAAUUUUUCAAACUGAAGUAACUAUUUGGCAGUAAAUGUAAUUCUUACAAUGCUUUAAUUCAGGUCUUGAGUUUGUAUCUUUUCAGUCUUCUUGAAUUAUCAAAUGUAAGAAUGAUUUGCCACUGAGCUUUUAUGUGAUACAAAUGCAGAAUUAGUUUGAUAUAUAAAA